ACUCCUGGAACAAGAAGCACUGAUCAUCUCUGCUUUCCUGGCCACAGAACGUGUGUUGCUAGUUGUCUGUGUGUUUCCAGCUCGUAACAAGCUGCCAGGUGUUUUCCACUGAAGAGGAAGAGGAGGAGGAGGAAGAAGAACACCGAACCUCCUCACCUGUGUCAAACCGGUGUGUUUGUUAAACUUGGACACAGGGUUGAACAGGACGCAUCGACACAGGCCGGCAGCCAUGAUCAAAGGUACAUACACACUGCGACACUCAUCGCCAUGCUGCUCUGUUACUGUUAGUGAGCUCUCUAUGGUCCAACACAAACUGAGAGGGUCAUGUGACAGCUGUUUAUGUCAAUAUUACUUAUUUACACGUAAUGAUACGUUGGUAAGAUUGUUCCUGUGGCGUCCACUUGAUGUUGUUUCGUAUAUUUGCUAUUAGAAGGUAGAAUUGGUCAAGUUAAGCUGAUCAGGAAGUGAGCUCAAACGCUACAAACAGUAGCAACAACAUGCACUUCCGGUUCACGCGUUCUUCACUUUCACAAUAAAAGCCGCCUGAGAAACACAGAAUUUACUAUAAAGGUCAAAUUCAUGGUUUAUUGAUUUGACACACUAAACAGAGUCAUACACUGGCUGUGUUGUGUAUUAUGUGUUUGUACACAAUCUGUGGUGUAAAGAGAUUAAGGUGGUUACAGUUUUACAGUAUGUGUUUGCUGGCAAACCGGAAGAUAAUGAUCUUGGCCAAAACAUUCGGUUUUACAGAUGAAUAACAAGGUUAAGCUUGAUUUAGUCUAUGCAGAGAAUACGAUUUACAGGAGACAAAAUCCCCAAAAUAUUUUUCUUAUAAUCACAAAAUUAGAUGACAUAAAUUCCCCCUCUAUUUAUUUAUUAUGUAUUUCUAGAAAUAUAUACUGGACAUUUCAUCUUGUCACAGAUUCAUCUGGAUAAUUUUUCUUAUUUACAAGAUAUAGAUGUGUUUUUAUAAUUUUGUUAACAUAUUUAUAGAAUUUUAUAAAGAAGUUUAAGGUGACUUAAUAAUGAAACUUUCACUUGAAUAUAUCAUUUUUUUAUUUUUAAAAACCAAAAAGUCCACAACCCUACAGAAACUAUUUAUUUAAAAAGCCAUCAUUACUUUUAAAAAACAUAGCUUAAUUAUAUAAGAACAAGAUUUGACAAAUUACAUACAGAAGUUUGUUCAGUCUAAAUUACAUGACAGUUUUAUUCAAGGUUAAUUGAAAUGCAGCACAUCUGAGACAGUUGAAGUAUUAUCGCUGGUUGAAAUGACAAAUGAUAGAAAGAAAACUAAGAGUGAAAAGAUUUUCUCAGUAGCUGGUGUUUUUGAUAGUGAUCUUCUGAGCCGCCUCAAUCUUGAAGUCAUUGAUACCUGAAGGGGCAAACCAGCAUUAUUUAACCAAAGUGAACUUAAAGCAACAGAUCAAAUGAACAAAGAGACUAAAUAUUAAGGACCCACAGUAUAAUAUAUACAGUAUAUAUGUGUCUGUGUGUGUGUGCGGGACCUUACCCUGACUGAGUGCGGUGCCAUCAGAGGAGAGGUGCCAGUAUCUGCGGUCACUCUGUCUGGCCUGCUCUCCGUUCACCACACUUAAGAAAGGUCCCCACAGGCUGGACUCCUUCUCAAACCUGCCAACAGCAUUAGAUAAUACUAGAUAUAGAUAAUUACAUCAGAAUAAAUCUGAAAUCCAUCGAGUUACAUUAAAUUAACUCACAUGAAGCCGACUUCUCUCCCUUUGAGAAGUUCCAGGGCCUCCAACAGAGAGCUGCCCUUCGCCACAUCGACAGAGUAAAGAGCUGCUUCCCCACUGGACGUCACCACUUCCACUAUCACAGACACUUUGGUGUCACUUGGUAAAACCACCACAGGGUCUAUGGGCUCCAGCACCAGAGUGUCUGUAGGAGGGCACAUGCCAUUUCAAAACAAUGAUGGAACACAACAGUGACCACAGAGGGCUGGAAACAAUGCUUCACAUACCAUCCUCGUUGAGACACGCCUUGUUUUUUACUGUCAGGUAGGAUUUCUGCUGGAGAGCUGGGAGGAUCUGAGAUAUGGCCAUGGGGUUGUGGUAGGUGUUGCUUCUGGCGUCUGUCCUCAUGGCCUCCAUUGAGGCUGCACACUCUGCAACCGGGCUGCCCAUUGCCAACAAGGCCUGGAUCACAUUGAAUAAGUUGAUUGAAGGGUACAAAGAGUUCUUUCUGCAGGAUUUCAUGUAGUGAAAGACUCAAAGUGAGCUGAAUAAAUGACACAGGAAAAGAUUCUUACUUGGACUGCAAGACCUGUGCUGAACUCAUUCCCAAUAUGGCCAUCGGCCCGCCUAGAGGCCAAAAGCUUCUGCUUGAUUUUGUCGAGGGCUGUGUCGAGCUCAGCAGCGUUUCGCACGUGGAAGCCAGUGUCCUUCACACACUGAAGUGCCAUCCCAGCCAUUGCAUAGGUAUCUAGAGAGACAGAGAGAGAGAGAGAGUCAGUCAAAAUGUGAUUGUGGCCAACAUAGGAAGAUUUAAUGCAUGAUAAUCUAAGCUGUUACAGGUAAGGUUUCUAGAUUUCUUUCACAAAACAUUUAAAAAUGUUUACAUUUUUUCCCAGAACUGAACACAAUACCUUCACUCUGUGUGAUGACCUAACAGAAAAAAAGAAUCUUACACAACUUCAUGGAAUUUAUCCAUCUAAUAUGACUUAAAAUAUAGCAUCUCAAAUUAAUUCUAAACAGAGAAAACACGAUUCUUAUCAUAAGAUUUGAGACACAUCCCUGCCUGUAUAUACAGCCAUUUAUACCACAUAUAAAAUACAGGCCAGUUUCACUCACCGAUGCACUCAGCAUCUCCUUGUUUUAAGUACUGGUGUUCCACCGCCUUGAUGAGUUUGUUGCUGACAUGGUCGUUGACCCUGAUGCCACUCGUGCACAGAGCGAGCACACCUAGAGAGUACUGGUAAUAGUUGGUCAAAGGGCGGUGGCUGUCUGUGUAAAGGAGAGAUCAAAUAAAAGAAAACAAAUUAUAUUAAAUCACGACUUCCCUCUUACGUUGAGGUCCUCCAUUUUCUCAAGUGCCAUUACAACAUUUUCUUAUUUCACCUUAGAAUAGAAUUUGUCAAUAGAGUCUCCAAUUGCUCUGUUGAUUUCAAUCACAACUCGAACAAUACGUAUUACUGGAGACACAGGAACCAUUACAGCUAACAAGCUAAAUAACAGCAAUUAAUAAAUAACCUACAUAACAAUAUAUGCUGAGUGGAUUUUCUUUUUGUUGAAAUUUCCCACUUUUUGUUAUAUUUCCUGCGUAUUUUUUCUCAAGAAACAUCUUACAGAGGAUUGUGUGGCCAAGUGUAAAACAUUAUGAUAGGACCCUUUUAUGAAAAUUGUUCACUUCCCCAAGAAAUCUAAAGGAAACGUACAGGCAAGGCGCUCUUUUUCUUUUUCCAUCUGCUUCUUCAGGUGUGUCAGCAGCGUCUCACUCGUGUCGCUGACGGUGAAGGUGACUGUGUUGAGGUCGUAGCAGGAGGAUUUCAAAGCCAGAGUGUACAGCGCCAAGAGGCCGACCACAGACGGACUGCUAGAGAGAGAGCUGAGGACGGCACAGGAGGCAAAGGGUCAGCUGUGAACCGGGCUUUCUGGCGGCCAUGUAUUCGUUUUCAGGCCCCACCAGCCUCCCUGAGUUUGACCUCGGACCUCCAAGCACGUCCGGUCACCUGCAGAGAGCAUCAGCCUCUAACAACAGCUGGGAGACGCGAUGCCUCAGGAAGCACAGGAGGAGAGUGGAUGAUGAGGGAUGCAGUGCCAAAAGGAGAAGGCUAAUGGUGGAGGCUGAAGUGGACAUUGUAGAGGAUUCAAACAGGAGCGCUCGCUGUGACUGGCCCACAGCAAACAGCUGCCCGCCCCUGUCUGAGGAGCGAGCACCUCCGCGGCCCUGCCCAGAGCCUGAGCCGCGGACCCCGCCUUCACAUCCCUCCUCUGCCCUGUCCCGACCGGAGGCCGAGAGCUCCUGCAUGGAGGUAGAGGCCGCUCAGAGGAAGCUUCAGGAGAUCGAAGACAGAAUAACGCUGGAAGACGAUGACGAGGAUCUGGACGUAGAGCCUGCCCCAAGACGACCAGUGCUGGUGAUGUCAGACAGUUUGAAGAAGGACCUGCAGCGCGGCAUCAGCGACAUCCUCCCCCACAAAGUAGCCCAGUCUGUGAGCCAUUCCUGCAUGGAGCUGGUGCUGUGGCGGCCACCGGACGACCCCUUUUGUCGGAGGCUAAAAGGCUCUUUACAAAAACAGCGUAAACAACAGACAGUAUCCCGGCAACCCCCAACUCCGUCUCCUGUGCCUCACAGUCCUCUGAGCCCCCCCAGUGCCCCUGCAGACUCACACUCUCUUAUGUACAACUUUCCCGCGGCCCACAGCUCUGGAGAGGAGGACAUGGAAAUGUAAUUCUGUUUAAAGACUUUAAAAGCCACACCAAAGUAAAAGAGGGGACUUGUAGUAACACAGAAGACAUAAAGGACCCAGAACCACUUUGAGUUGGUCACUUUGGCAAAGUAUGUUGGGCUUUACAUGAAUAUUGUGCUGUUUUGGACAGUUUGUGCAACACAUACAGUAUUUUCAUUUUCAGUAUCAUGACAUAUUUUCAGUUUUCUGAUUAGAAUCCCAGCAAAUCAUAUGUAACAUGUAAAAAUAGCACUUACCUAAUGGAUUUGUUAAUGUAUAUCUCCGAUGUAAGUUCGGUCAAGUCCCAAUGACAGCCUUACAUGACCAGUUUCUUAUUACUGGGAGAAUUGCCCUUACAAAUAAGAUAAUUUGUAUAGGAGGUUGCCAAAGCUUGGCCAUUGUUCACUGGUGUAUUAUAAGUAUGAGUUUGUUCUGAGUGACACAUCAGUGUGCAGCACCUGAAUUUGUACAGUUUUUACAUUCAGCUUGUGGGCUUUAUUAACGGGACACUAAAAUGUGUUGUUGUGAGCUCGCUGCAUGGCUUGCAGUUGUACUUGUGGUAGAUAGAGGAUCUUCCUACAAUGUUUAGCGAGUACGCUAUCUGUGAGCCUUCAGAGUUUUGUAAAGAAGUCUUGGAAAUGCCCCUUUUUAUGAUUCGAUUGUAUUUUCCAAUAUGCGUUACCAGAACUGCAGCCGGCCAUUACGUAUUAUCACUUUAUAUUUGUUUACAUUAAAUAAACAUAAAUUGUCAUUGUAAA